CUUCUCGGGCACAGCGUGUCCUUCAGCUCCGGGUUGGAGCCGGAGCCGGAGCCGGAGCCGGAUUCCGCGCAGAAGGCCACGUCAACCUAAACUUACACCGCCCUCCCCACCCCGCCGCGCCCGCAAGGCUUGCGGCGAGUCCUUCCAAGCCGCGUCGUCCACGCCUUUCCCACAAUGCCCCGCGCCAGGUCCCGCCCCGCCUCGCCUAGGAGACCGGCGCGCGCGGAGCAGACCGGAGCCGGCCGCUUUCGCAACCCGGCGGUGCGGCUGGACCUCCCCAGUCCCGGAUGCGGCGGGGCUGCGGUUAAGAGAGUGCGCGCUUCCGUCUCGCAGGCAUAGCUUGCGCUAGGCCGAGUGGGGUCCGCCGCCAGGGAUUGAGGAUGGGGAAGUAGCUGCAGGAGGCGACCCCGCGACGCCGAGAUUAACGUUUUGGGAGACAAUUUGUGAUGCCUGAUUAACCUUUAGAGUAAUGUGGACAGAAGUUCUCAAACUUGCAUAUUACAUCAACUGGAACCAGUGGCAUUACCUUAAUGUUCACUUAAGUCAAAACUUGGACAAAAAAGACAAUGAGGGUCUGGUUAAAUAAAGAUGACUAUUUCAGAGACUUGAAAAGGGUCGUUCUCUGUUUUCUAAUAGUAUAUAUGGCUGUUUUAGUGGGUACAGAUCAAGAUUUUUACAGUUUACUCGGAGUAUCCAAAACUGCAAGCAGUAGAGAAAUAAGACAAGCUUUCAAGAAAUUGGCAUUGAAGCUACAUCCUGAUAAAAACCCGAAUAACCCAAAUGCACAUAGUGAUUUUUUAAAAAUAAAUAGAGCAUAUGAAGUACUCAAAGAUGAAGAUCUGCGGAAAAAGUAUGACAAAUAUGGAGAAAAAGGACUUGCAGAUAAUCAAGAAGGAGGCCAGUAUGAAAGCUGGAAUUACUAUCGUUAUGAUUUUGGUAUUUAUGAUGAUGAUCCUGAAAUCAUAACAUUGGAUAGAAGAGAAUUUGAUGCUGCUGUUAAUUCUGGAGAGCUGUGGUUUGUGAACUUUUACUCCCCAGGAUGUUCACACUGCCAUGACUUAGCUCCCACAUGGAGAGACUUUGCUAAAGAAGUGGAUGGAUUACUUCGAAUUGGAGCAGUUAACUGUGGCGAUGAUAGAAUGCUUUGCCGGAUGAAAGGAGUCAACAGUUAUCCCAGCCUCUUCAUUUUUAGGGCUGGAAUGGCUGCAGUGAAAUACCAUGGUGACAGAUCAAAGGAAAGUUUAGUGAAUUUCGCCAUGCAGCAUGUUAGAAGCACAGUGACAGAAUUAUGGACAGGAAAUUUUGUUAACUCCAUACAAACUGCAUUUGCUGCUGGUGUUGGCUGGCUGAUCACUUUUUGUUCCACAGGAGGAGAUUGUUUGACUUCACAGACACGUCUCAGGUUAAGUGGUAUGUUGGAUGGUCUUGUUAAUGUAGGAUGGAUGGACUGUGCCACCCAGGACAACCUUUGUAAAAGUUUGGAUAUUACAACAAGUACCACUGCCUAUUUUCCUCCUGGAGCCACUUUAAAUAACAAAGAGAAAAGUGGUAUUUUGUUUCUUAAUUCAUUGGAUGCUAGAGAAAUAUAUUUGGAAAUAAUGCAGAAUCUUCCAGACUUUGAACUACUUUCAGCAAACACACUAGAGGAUCGUCUGGCUCAUCAUCGGUGGCUCUUAUUUUUUCAUUUUGGAAAAAAUGAAAAUUCAAACGAUCCCGAGUUGAAGAAACUAAAAACUCUACUUAAAAAUGAACAUAUACAAGUUGGCAAGUUUGACUGUGCCUCUGCACCAGACGUCUGUAGUAAUCUCUAUGUUUUUCAGCCGUGUCUAGCAGUAUUCAAAGGACAAGGAACCAAAGAAUUUGAAAUUCAUCAUGGAAAGAAGAUUCUAUAUGAUAUACUUGCCUUUGCCAAAGAAAGUGUUAAUUCUCAUGUUACCACACUUGGACCUCAAAAUUUUCCUGCCAAUGACAAAGAACCAUGGCUUGUUGAUUUUUUUGCCCCUUGGUGUCCACCAUGUCGAGCUUUAUUGCCAGAGUUACGAAAAGCAUCAAAGCAUCUUUAUGGUCAGCUUAAGUUUGGUACAUUAGAUUGUACAGUUCACGAGGGACUCUGUAACAUGUAUAACAUUCAGGCUUAUCCAACAACAGUGGUGUUCAACCAGUCCAGCGUUCAUGAGUACGAAGGACAUCACUCUGCUGAACAGAUCUUGGAGUUUGUAGAAGAUCUUAUGAAUCCUUCUGUGAUCUCCUUGACACCUACCACUUUCACUGAACUAGUUAAACAGAGAAAACAUGAUGAAGUCUGGAUGGUUGAUUUCUAUUCUCCAUGGUGUCAUCCAUGCCAAGUCUUAAUGCCAGAAUGGAAAAGAAUGGCCCGGACGUUAACUGGACUGAUCAACGUGGGCAGUAUAGACUGCCAACAAUAUCAUUCUUUUUGUGCCCAAGAAAAUGUUCGGAGAUACCCUGAGAUAAGAUUUUUUCCCCAAAAAUCAAAUAACGCUUAUCAAUAUCAUAGUUACAGUGGUUGGAAUAGGGAUGCUUAUUCCCUAAGAAUCUGGGGUCUAGGAUUUUUACCUCAAGCAUCUAUAGAUCUAACACCUCAGAGUUUCAAUGAAAAAGUUUUACAAGGGAAAAACCAUUGGGUGAUUGAUUUCUAUGCUCCUUGGUGUGGACCUUGCCAAAACUUUGCUCCAGAGUUUGAGCUCUUGGCUAGGAUGAUUAAAGGCAAAGUGAAAGCUGGAAAAGUAGACUGUCAAGCUUAUGCCCAAACCUGCCAGAAAGCUGGUAUCAGAGCCUAUCCAACUGUUAGAUUUUAUCCGUACGAAAGGGCAAAGAGAACUAUUUGGGGAGAGCAAAUAGAUUCCAGAGAUGCGAAAGAGAUUACUACCUUAAUAUAUGAAAAGUUGGAAAAUCUCCAAAAUCAUGGAAAGAGAAAUAAGGAUGAACUUUAACGAUGUUGAAAAUGAAGAAAAAUCUGAAAAAAGAAAUUGACAGAUGAUACCAGAAGACACCUUUUCAGAAUGUUAACUGCAUUCUUGAUGGGAAUAAAUGAACAUUACCUUGGACUUGUAAUUGCACUGCCUGAAUUCUGUACAACAUUGGUAUAAAUGAAGGGUCUGCAGACUUUUCUGUAAAGGGCCAGAUAGUAAAUAUUUUAGGCUUUGUAAACCAUAUGUGGUUCUUUGUCACAUAUUCUUUGUUUUUGUUUUAUUUGGUUUUUACAUUUUUUACAGGGUUAUAAACAAUUCUUAGCUCAGGGCCAUACACAAAUAGGCUACAAGCCACGUUUAGCCCAUGGGCCACAGAUUACUGACCCUUGGAAAGAUGUUUAGGCUGGCUAGCUCAAACAUGAGCACGCUCUAUGAUCUAUACAUCCUAAGUUAUACAAAGUAUACUUGAUUACUUAAAGUUUUGUGGCUGGCCUAAAAAGAACUUGAUUUUCAGUUCUGUUCGUCUAAAAAUUCGCUGAAAUUGAUUCUCUGACCAAUAUUUCAUUUAAAAAACAUGCUCAGUGUGGGAAAGUAAACAAGACGACCUAUUUUUAUGCUUUGUUAUAGUGAAGAGAUUCUUCAUUUUCUUUUCUUUCCUUUCUAAAGGUUGAAGAAUUGAUUUUAAUUUUUCACAUUUGAGAAAAUUUUGCGACAGUAAGUAAACAAAUCUUAUCAAUUUCUAUCCCUAGAUAUGUGAGGGGGAUAAUAUUUAUAGCAAUUAACUACACUGUAGAGUAUCCCAAAUAUAUCAAAUAUUUAGAGUUCUAUGUUUUAAAAGAUACAGUGUUCAUGUAUUUUGUGAGUUGUUUUUGUCAAAGUUUUCCCUGUGAUAGUAAUUUGUUUUUGAACAGUUUUCAAAGAUUUAUGUUUUUGACUUCUGGACUAUCAUUUACAUUUGCCUUUUUUCCUUCAUAGUUGUGGUUUUUCACUCUUUAACAAUCUUCAUCAUUCAAGUAGAAAAAUAACUUCGCAGGUUUCACUGUAGCUUAUAAUGAUACUGUGGUUGUUCCAACUAUUUAUUGUUGGAGGCUGCCAUUUUCAGAUAAAUAUUAGCAUAAUAACUGCGGUUAUUUUAAUAAGAAAAUCCAGUAUAUAAAUAAGGAUGGGAUCUUUUAGUUUCUUAGUUGUUCAGACUCAGAGAACUCAAAAUUUUUUCUUUGCAUUUAAACAAGAGAUUGUAACAUGUAGUUAUUUAGUUGUAAUCCAGAGUAUAUGGAAUAGUAAAAAUCCCAGUUGAUCAAAAGAGGUCAGUAAUUUUUUUUAACUUAAGUUUUCCUAAAAACCUAUUUGAAUUGUUUUAUUAUAUUGGGAGAGGUUUUUUUAAUAACACUUUACUGCAUUCCCCAAAAUUUCCUCAUAAAGGUUAAUUUACAACUGCAGUUUAUCCAAAAAUUAAUCAGUUUUUUUUUCAUUUGCAAGUCUAACCCUAUUCUUCAUAUUCUCUCCCAUAUUAUAUCUAGUGUUAUCUUUUAAUUUCUUAUCUUGAAUUCCACUUUACACAUGUCACCACUUCUGACCUUAAUUUUACACCAUCUUUUUGAGUUAUCAGUAAUGGCAAGUGCCUUUCAUUUAUUAAAUUUUCCAAGCCCAGAAUUUUCAAAAUUGGCUUGUUUCUAUAAAAAUUCCAAAAUGGAAUGCCUAAAAGAAGUUUUAGUAAAUAUUUACUGAACUUGUACACAAUUAUGUGAGUACCACUGUGCUGAACACUUAGGAGUGUACAAAAGUAAACCCAAGGCAUAGUCCCCAUCUCCUUAGUGUCUGUAAUUCACAGUUCUGACACAGAACCCAUAAACAAACUUAUACUAUACUAUUACCUAUAAAUAGAAUUCCAAACUUACUGGCUGAGAAACAUCUUAGGCAGUAAAUGAAGUAGUAAAUAUUUUGUAUCCUGUAACUGGGCCUAAGUAUGUGCCUGUGGAAUCAGCUCAAAAGCCAGGGCUACCUGGGAGUCACAUCAAGUAAUAUGUAUCAUACAAGUAACAUACAUCAGGACGUUUUCUGCACUUACAUCAGUGUCAUUGGGUAUUUGAAAACAGCUGGCAGAAUUAAAGGUUUUAAUAGCCAGUUAGUACGGUAGAGCACCUCUGGUGUACCAGAUAAAACAUGCCGUUUCUCUUAGCAACACCAUUUUUGUGUGCAACCAGCCUUAGGUAACAGCAUCAUUUCUAGCUGACCAGAGUGCAUUCUGUCAGGCAGCUAGAUUUGAAAAUGAGAUCCAUUUAAGUAUGUGGCUAUGUGAAACCAUUUGGAAUUUGUGUUGUGGGCAUUAAUGAUGCCUGUUCUAGUUUGUCAGAGUUUAUUUAACAUUUUCCUAUCUUUUUCAUUUAAAGCAUAUGAUUAAGAUAAAAAAUAAAAUGAAAUGAUUAUUGUAUAA